AUGGCCACUGUAACGCUUUCAAGUCCAAAGAUAGCGAUCAUUGGAGCUGGGCCAGUCGGCUGCAUGCUUGCACGUCUCUUACACCUAGUCGAUGUUGAAUGCACUGUUUUCGAGGGCGAUGACUCUCCCAACUAUAGGUCACAGGGCGGCACUCAGGACCUACAUACCGACACCGGCCUGGCCGCCACGAGAGAAGCCGGUCUCGACAAGGACUUUGAGGAGCUGGCACGCUACGAUGGUGAGGCGAUGGAAAUAACGGAUGAGAAGUGUAGUAUCCUGAUGCAGCUCGAGGCCUCAGGGAAGGACAAGACUCGCCUUGCUGGCUCACGUCCUGAAAUUGACCGCGUCUUGCUCAGGCAGCUGCUUGGUCAGAGCUUGCCCAAAGGGAUGAUUCGUUGGGGCCACCACUUGAAAAGCAUCGCAGAGGAUGGGCGCCUCAUCUUGAGAAACGGCACCGAGUCCGGCUGCUUCAACCUUAUUGUUGGUGCAGAAGGAACAUGGAGUAAGGUGCGCAAGGUGUUGAGCAACCAGACGCCGGUCUAUUCAGGCCUUAGCAUGUACGAGCUUGCCAUACCGGAGCCGGAAACGGGAACCCUGAGCUUUACAAGCUGCAAAUGGGUUCUGGUGAGCUCCAUGUCUAUGCCAUCUUCAAGGCUGACGAGAGCUGGAUGGAGGAGCAGCGCAAGAAUCCGCCCGCGUUGGCUGAAGUCAAGGAGAUACUCCAAGAACGGCACGUUUGUUGACUGCGACGGAAAUUUGAAGGAUGGCCUGGCAGAAUGUGAGAAAUACAUCCCACGUCGGCUCCACAUGCUUCCUGUGGGGUUCCGCUGGAAGCACCGUCGGGGGGUUACAAUCAUUGGCGAUGCGGCACACGUCAUGACCCCAUUUGCGGGCGAGGGCGUCAAUUUCGGUGUCGAAGAUGCCCUAGAUUUGUCGACAGCUAUAAUCGCGGCGGUUGAAAACAACAGUCCAGAGGUAUCUGUUGCUGAUCGUCUCGACAAGGCGGUUGAUAAAUACGAGAUAGAGAUGGGGCCACGGGUAGAUGGAUACACGAGGCUCACUAACGACUUGAUGAAUACUUGGUUUUUCUCCUCCGCACCGCCUAAAAGAAGAUCGUCAGGGCUAUGGGCAGGUACGUCAGCUUUGACUCUCCAUAUGUUCUGCGGCCCUUCGCCGGCGUGGGAUUGCAAAUGUACUAUGCGAUGA